GAGCGUUCAAUGAAAUCGCCAGUUUCAGUUUCUAAUCCUAGUUCGCAGCGCGGCUUAUCACAUCUAAGACCUCGUCCGUCCCGUCCGUAAUCGUUGGCGGCGUUUACCAUCCCCUCGGGCAUUGAAACUUUGAUAAAAGCAAAGCCCAGCUUCGAUCGAGCUUCCGAAUUGCGCGUAGCGAUGCGCGCCACUCGCAAGCUCUGCCCGGCACCUCAAUGUUUACAGACUUAAUCGGUUUAUUGCCGCAUUUUAUUGUUUUAUCGACGCUCCGACGAUGCCGUCGACGCCUCUAAACAACCUCUAGACGUUCCGAUGACGCGUAAACAAGCAUAAUGUUCUGGGUUGUCGCGACCACGCUGAUCUGGGCCGUCAUGGGGGCACAACAGUGCAAGAGGGCCGAGUUCAGGUGCAAUGACGGCAGCUGCAUCGCCAGCAAUAAAUUCUGCAACGGGCUGCAGGACUGUGCCGACGGCAGCGACGAAGGGCACAACUGCACGCCUUGCAACAGCACCUAUUUCGGCGAAAUCGGCCGCACUUACGAGCUGGAAGUGAAGAGGCCCACUGAAUACCAAAUGCCCUUUUUGUGUUAUCUUAAUUUCACAGCUGGUGGCGGCGUGCUGGGCGAACUCGUUCAGCUCACUUUUGAAUCGUUCGCUGUUGGAACGUUCGAGUCGUUCACCACUGAGGGAUGCCCGGAUGGAUUUAUUUCAAUUAAGGAAGGAAAUCGGCCCACUUCGGGGGGCAAAUGGUGCGGAAGCGCCUGGGGCUAUACGGUCUACUACAGCGAAACCCCCAGUGUCAACCUGACGCUGAGGCUCGAACGGUUCCCUCAACAGCAAAGCUCUGGCUACACGUUCGAGUUCAAGCUAUCGUACAAAUUCCUGAAACUGAGCGACGCCCGUAUCCGUUACGGCAACGCAACGCAGCGCAGUUACCGCGGCAAAUUAAGCUCAGGAAGUUACUGCGACCGGCUAUUGGAAGGCUGCUCACGUCGUCCGUGUCGCAUCCAAUCCCCUAAUUAUCCGGGGAUUUACCCUCGGAACGUCAGCUGUCAUUAUCGAGUCCGGGAACGCAAUGUUCCUCCCGGAAAACACGCUCUUAUCGCAGUCCGACAAGCGAAUUUCCACUACAAGGAACAUUUACCCAAGUUUGACAACAGCGACAGAGUAUUGCGGAUAUGGGACCAGUGCAACAUGAUGCAAGAUUAUAUCGAAAUUUUGGACGGAUGGGGACCGACUGCCACAACACUGGCACACCUGUGCAGCGGCGAGACAGUCCCGGAAAUUAUCAGCAGCGGACCGGAACUGCUAGUCAAGUUUCACACCUCGCCCUUCGGGAACCCCUUCCACCCACUACCCCUGUCAUAUCUGCCCGGAUUCGAGCUGGAAGUGGAGGUCUUUUACGUGAAUAAAGAAUCCCCGACGUACAUCGAACAUGGUAAAAAGUGCGAAUUUUUGGUUACGACAUUCGACAACACCUCCGGCCUACUCGAAAGCCCCCUGCAUUCGCUCCCGCCGAACACCACGUGUCACUACCACUUCCGGGGCCACCCGAAAGAAAUCAUCUGGAUCAGUUUUAUCAAAUACCACGUAACCAACGAACGCUUGACCGACUUCAACACCGGCGAGUGUGACGUCCAAUUACAAAUAUGGGACGGUGACAUCAAGUCAUCCACCGUCCCCCUGAUUGGCCAAUUCUGCAAGGACGACAAACCGAAACUGUGCGACCACUCUUUAUUGAAAAACUCGUCACGUUUGACUCGCCCUUGCGGCUUGACCGAAAGUUACCUAUCGUCGGGCUCUGAUUUAACAAUCGCGCAUUCGAUCAGAUACGGCAGUGUCUUGUAUCCGGUCAGCUUCGUGCUCCGGUACGAGUUCGUCGACUUGUCGCAAGAGGGCGUGCAAAUCGCCCGGAAUCCCUGCGACAGGAUGCUGAAGGAGGGGGCUGGGAGGUUCUACUCCCCCAAGAUAACGUUCCUGUACGGGCGCGGGGGGCAGGAGGACUUGACUUGCAGUUAUCACUUCGAGUCGGACGAGCAGCAAAGGCUCAAAAUAACGUUCCUGAGGGCCGGGUUCGGGAGCAAGGAGUGCGUCUCGGUCUACAAUCCCGAGAUAGGGCGGUGGGUUUGCGGGAUCAAGUCCUACGGGAACGGGUUUGCUAAUUUGAAGAUUUACGAAUAUCCCUGGACCGGAGUGGAGAUCCUGAGGGAUUGUCUCUGCGGUAAUUUCUCCGAACCUUUGACACUAAUUACGAAAACUGCGCGGAAAGUCGUUGUGAAGUUCACCGUAAAUGGGAUGAAAAUCACCGAGGAUUACAGGAAUUACUUCUUUGAGGCCAAUUAUGAAUUUGUGGCGGGUCAGAGCGACGGCAGUUGUCUGAGCCCGUGGAAGAGCCGGCGCCUGAAGGGCUCCAGUGGGGAGAUUUCGGUGCGGAACAACGCCCAGACUUUGAAACAGAACGAACAGAGCUACCAGCAGAAUCAGUCGAACGCGUUCUGUCUGCACCAGCCGUGGCUCAUCGAGCCGGAGGACUCCCUCAGCAACUUCAUCUACUUGAAAAUCAAGGGGGUCAAUAAGAGGGACUCGCGCUUGUGUCCGAGCAAAAACCGGAUACUUGUGUACCCGGCUGGGAGGACCGAAGACGUCCGAAUUAUUUGCCCCUAUUAUGAAAGCAUUGACGAUGUUGUUGAGAUGUUUUCCGAGGGCUGGAACCUGUACUCGUACCGAAAGAUACAAAAUAAGAACUCGCGCAGCUUCAUUAUUGAAUUUCUGCAACGAGAGAUCGGCAAUUUUGCCGUCACCUGGAUGGAAGUCUCCAAAAACCCGGCGCUGACGCUACCCAGCACCAUGUUGAUGAUCAACCCGCCCGACUGCCCCCACAGUUGUCCGGAACUGGGGGCCUGUAUCAGCUCUGACCUAUGGUGCGACGGCCUGCGGCACUGUCCCUCAGGCAACGACGAGCAAGAAUCCAACUGUUCAAUCCACGCCGGUUUCCCUAUAUCAUAUCUGAACUCUGUGGCCCUUUGUGCUCUAGCUCUGGUAGUAACAACUACUGUAAUAAUUGUAAGUUUCUACUUCUUCAAGUAUUGGAGACGCGAACAGAAAAACGUUAUUGUAUCAGUAACUGAACACACCUUUCUAGAGUUUAAGAGUGGUUUGUGUUAAGAAGAAUUAAAACUUCAAAUGACUGACAAUAUAUCUGUUGUAAUAAAUGUAUAAAGUUUUUAUGGUGAAUAAAAUCAACAAACUUCA